AACACAAAUGUAGAUUAAAGGAAGACUCUACAGACGGAGGUGAAUGGAUUGGAAACCAUGUCCACGUCCGUGUGUCGGACCAAAGUCCCUUCCACAACAAACGUACUGUGGAAAGCCUCGCGCAAUGACCGUAUUGUUUGCCAUCUCUGUACUUGCCCUGUUGAUACUUGUUUCGAUACAGACAGAACACGCAUCUAUGGGACCAGGACAGAACUCAAUCCCUGUUUUCUUUGGAGAAGGGAACAAACCACAGCAGUUCGAAGUCGAACAAAAAAGACACAUGGUCACAUAUAUUCUGCAGCAACCCUUUUUGCAAAACAGAGUAUCUAGGAAUCAUUCCACAACCAGAAAAACAAUCAGAGCAAUAAAUUACCACAAGAAGUUGUCAAGGAAACCAAAUUCUUUCAAACAAAAGCAGACAAUAUAUAAAGGAAAACCAGACAAGACGAGAAUGUCUGACAGAUAUCAUAUAUGGCGCUUCAGAAACACCAAGGAUUAUAUACAUGUACAUGAACAGAUUCCUGUCAAUAGACGGAAUACAUAUAAUAGCCACUUUCGAAAGCUUCUACAAAUGUCACAGACUACCGGACCCUAUUCCUCUACAUCAUUCAUUACCACAUCUCCAGAAACGACUAUGGAAACAUCAGUCCCACCUUCUAGAAUGGUAACAUCAGUCCCGCCUUCAACAAUGGUCACAUCAGCCCCUCCUACAACUAUGGAAACAUCAGUCCCACCUUCAACUAUGGUAACAUCAGUCCCACCUUCAACUAUGAUCACAUCAGCCCCUCCUACAACUAUGGAAACAUCGGUCCCACCUACAACAAUGAUCACAUCAGUCCCACCGACAACUAUGGAAACAUCAGUCCCACCUUCAACUAUGGAAACAUCAGCCCCUCCUACAACUAUGGAAACAUCAGUCCCACCGACAACUAUGGUGACAUCAGUCCCACCUUCAACUAUGGUAACAUCGGCCCCUCCUACAACUAUGGAAACAUCAGUCCCACCGACAACUAUGGAAACAUCAGUCCCACCUUCAAAUAGGAAACGGACGGUCAGCUUGCUACAACUAUGGAAACAUCAGUCCCACCGACAACUAUAG